AUGGAGAGGUGAGUGACACAUUCAAAUUAGAAAGAAAUGUUCCUUAUGUGGUAAAGUUCAUGAACUAAAUUAGUUUUAGAUACUCUUGUUCUCAACAUUGAAGUAAUGGUGCUCUCACUGAACAUGGCCAUUCAAAUUUUGAUUACAGUACUCUUUGAUUUCAGAAUAGACUGCGAUAUUGUGGACCUAGACCUACUCUCUCUCAAAAGCACGUUGAUCAACUACAAAAAAAACUCGCCACUGGAGGAUAUUAGUACGUUAUGGAGAUAAUCAUUCAUAAGAAACUUCUCAUAUAAGGUUUCGGAAAAGGAGCUAGGAACUGAUUAGGCGGGAUAGAUUGUGCGAGAAGCACCUUAUGAGCUUGAUAAUAUUUUAAAAAAAUGAUUUUUACAGCAGGCACAUCCAGUCCAGCAAUAUACAAUAGUUGUCUUGGAUGUGGAUUCGCCAUAAAAGAUAAGUACAUUUACAAGGUAGAGUCAAUGAAUGAAUUCUAGUACAAACUAUUUAUUGUCAAGGUUAUGGAGGACAAUUAUCAUGAAGGUUGUCUCCGUUGCUUUUGUUGUCAAUUAUCACUGAGCUCUUCGAAAAAGUGCUUCGCACGAGAUGGCAAUAUUUAUUGUGAGAACGAUCAUCAAAUGUAAGUUUGCGUGUCACUUGAAAGAAAAUUCAGGUCGUUGGAAGCCAUUGUUUUCAUUCAAAAGUUUACCAUUCAAAAUGGAGUACAUCCAUUAGCGUGUACCCAGAAUAAAAUAUUUCUUGUUUCAAGAUGCAUUUUGAUUACGAUAUAAAUCAAGACUGAGCAUGUAAUCCAUAGAAGAGCACUUGAGUAUUAUUGCAAAAUACAUCUUAUUAGACACGGUGAAGUGAAUCAUUGACAUUGUCACCUGCUGAAGUACUGAGAUUAUAUACACAUACUCAUUCCUUCUAAUCAUUUUCAAAAAUUCAAACAAAAACGGGGUGAUGUUUUACGAUUUGUUGGUUUGAAAACAAACAAUCAGAUGCGAUGAGAUGCGCAAAACCAGAAAUGAGAAUUUCUACCGUAUACCAGUAUGUUUACUUAAGUUCCUCCCCUCUCAGCUUCAUGCAUUCAUUGCAUAAAAUGCCACAAAACUCAUUAUGCUUGAUGAUUUCUGGAUAUAUUUAUGCAAACGAACUUGAUAUUGUUAUAAAUUAAUCGCGUUAACACACGUACAGCAUAUAUUGCGCGAAAACACAGUGAACUGACAGCUGCCCACGUCAAGGGUUGCGAAUCAAAUUCUUUCCAGGUUGUAUGGUAAACGAUGUCGAAGAUGUAUGACGUUUCUUCUCCCAACUGACAUUGUGCACCGAGUGCAUCACAUUUAUUAUCAUGCGCAAUGCUUCAGCUGUUGCUCAUGCCAGAGUCGUUUCAGAACAGUGAGUACAGAUGCUGAAGCUUUUUAAAUGCAGUGUUACAGGGCGAUGAAUACCACUUUCUUGACGGUGAAGUAUUUUGCCGGAAUGAUUAUCAGUCAAUCUGCAACAUAGGUUCUAACAUAAACAUCGAAAACAUCGUCAGAUCGGAAAUUCAUCGCAAAACGCCAAAGCGGCCCAGAACUAUCUUGAAUGCACAGCAGCGUCGUCAGUUCAAGAAUGCUUUUGAAAAAAGUUCAAAACCUAGUCGCAAGGUAACAUCUCUCUCACACAAAGGCAAUUAUAGAUAUGGUUUUAGGUUAGAGAGCAGCUUGCCAAUGAGACUGGUUUGAGUGUGCGCGUUGUUCAAGUUUGGUUCCAAAACCAAAGAGCUAAAAUCAAAAAAUUGAACAAAAAGGAUUUGGAUUCGUUGGUUGAUGGUUUCAAAAACCCUGAAAGUGAAGGACGCAGCACAGAAGACAUCAGAAGUUCUGAUGACGAAGAAUCGAUAUUUAGUGAGUUAGAGUUAUUUGCUAUUACUGUUUUAAACAAAACUAUUUUUAGAUUUGGAGUCAGACGAGAUGGAGGUGUUAGUUACAUCAAGAUAUGCGGAUCCUAUUCAGAAACUCUACAACAUGACCUCUUCUCAAGUUUAUUUUCCAUUCAACUCCUGA